UUCAAAGCAAAAGGUACCAUCAUCGGCCAUGACCAUGGCUUUGUUGUUACAUAAAAUUUGGUCACUGCAACAACACCAACAACAGUUGUUUAUUGUGCUUGUGUUAGCACUUAAGUUUGUUUCUGGCGUCACUGGUUGCUACACCUCAAUCUUUAGCUUCGGGGAUUCCCUCACUGAUACCGGCAACUUGUAUUUCAUUUCCCCACCACAAAGCCCUGAUUGCUUGAUCCCUCCCUAUGGACAAACCCAUUUUCAACACCCCAAUGGAAGAUGCUCUGAUGGACGCCUUAUCCUUGAUUUCAUUGCUGAGUCUCUGGGGCUUCCCUAUGUGAAACCGUAUCUUGGUUUCAAGAAUGGCGCGGUCAAACGCGGGAAUAUUGAGCAGGGAUUGAAUUUUGCGGUUGCGGGAGCCACUGCGUUGGACCGCCGUUUCUUUGAAGAGAAGGGGUUCACUGUUGAAGUGACUACGAACUUUUCUCUGAGGGUUCAGUUUGAUUGGUUCAAGGAAUUGCUGCCUUCUCUCUGCAAUUCUUCUAGUGAAGGCUGCAAAGAAGUUCUUCGCAGCUCCUUAUUUAUUGUGGGAGAGAUUGGAGGCAAUGAUUAUGGUUUUCCCUUGUCUAAAACAACCACAUUUGAAGAUCUUGUGAUUUACGUACCCCAAGUAAUAUCUAUAAUCACUUCAACAAUCAGGGAGUUGAUUGAUUUAGGGGCUGUAACGUUUAUGGUUCCUGGAAGUUUACCACUUGGAUGCAAUUCAGCCUAUUUAACAAGCUUUGCAACUAUAGAUGAAGAGGAGUAUGACCAAGCUGGCUGUUUGAAAUGGUUAAACAUGUUUUUUGAAUACCACAAUGAAAUGCUUCAAAUUGAACUGAACCGGCUUCAAGUGCUAUAUCCUUUUACCAAUAUCAUCUACGCAGAUUAUUUCAACGCUGCAUUGCAGCUUUACGAUUCUCCACAACAAUUCGGGUUUGGUGGAAAUGUUCUCAAAGUUUGUUGUGGAGGUGGAGGUCCUUACAAUUACAAUGAUACUGCACUAUGCGGCAAUCCGAGGGUCAUUGCUUGUGAUGAUCCUUCACAAUAUGUUAGCUGGGAUGGUUAUCAUUUAACCGAGGCUGCAUAUAAGUGGAUUACCAGGGGAUUAUUAAAUGGACCAUACACCAUUCCUAAAUUUAAUGUCUCGUGUUUUACAAGUGAGGCAACUAGAUAUUUAAAUUACUAUGGAAAUUAUUUGUAUGGGUAUAGAAAACCUCCUUUUUACUAUAUGUUAUAUGCAUGA